CGUAUUCAAUGAAUUAAUCUGUUAAAAUAUUUAUAUGAAAAGUUAAUUAUAAAGAAGUUCGUAUGGGGAAUUAUCAUCAAUUCGUUCUUAUCCGACUGAGAAAUUGGAUACACAAUCUGAUAGCGAAUUGAUUGAAGUUGAUAUGGGCAAACUCAAUUUUCAUUCAUUUUAUCUACCAUUGGAUCCAAUUCAAUCAUAAUGUAACUUAGUGGAAGGAGAGCUUUUUAUUCGAGAUUUCAUUAAAAAGAUAAUUACAAUAGUCUCAAAAAAAAUUACUGAAAAUGAACAAAUUAAAAUGCUACCUAUCAUUGGCUACUAAUCUUCCAUAAUUAGAAUGACACAUCCCAUUCAAUAAUAUUUUCGAUAACAUGAAGAUCCAACAUAUGAUUAUUAUACUGGAGGAUUAGAGGAGGAUGAGGAACCUGUAUUCAAAGUUUUUAAUUAAUAGGUUAGAUUUCAAUAGGAGUAAUGGCUUGUAUAAAAAAUUAAUCUACUACCUGCCAAGAUUUAAGAAGUUGAAUAAUAAAGCACAAAUUCUAAUCGCUAAUCUUUAACUGCCUAAACUUUUAUGAGAUCUAGAGUCUUAAUUUAAGUAUUGAAAAAUUAUUCCUAUAUUUUAAGGAUUAAGCAUAAUUGAAUAAUUAAAAAAAUGUAAGAGAUAAAGAAAAAUUACCUGGAAUUGUUGAUCUUAAUGAUCCUUUAGAUAUAAGUUUGACAGAAGAACUAUUAAGAACUUAAAAGGAAAGAGAUUAUAAAAUUAAAUAAGAUAUAAAAGAACAAGAGAGAAAAAGGAAAUAAAAGGAAAUGGAAGAAUAAUAAUUGAAAUAUGAGCUCAUUUCUAAAGAUAAAAAAUCAAAGUUAUACACUUAUGAUUAUGAUGGAAAAUUAAUUUCUGUUGUGGCUUUGAAAAACCAUAAAUUUCCACCUCCAGCUGCAACAUUAGGGUAUUUAAAUUAUUAAUUGAGAGAUCUAAAUUUGAAGAUGGUCAAACUAAAAUAAACAUGUUAAAUAAAAGAAGAAGUUUAUUUUAGAAUUCAAGUUCACAAAUAAAAAAGAAGCAAGAAGACGAUAAAGAUAGGGAAAGAGAUACGAAAGAUCAAAUUAAAUUUUAAAAUCUUGCUCCUCUUGUUAAUGAGAAUAUGCAUUUAUAAUCAGGAGUGCUUAUAAUUUAAGAAGGUAGAGUUAGAGAAGGGCCAAAAGAUUAGCCAAUCAAUCUAGAUAUGAUGAAUGAUCCUGCUUUAAGAAUGGUUAGAAAUGAAUAUCUUUCAUUGACUCAGUAAAUUAAUGCUUCUCAUAAUCAAUCAUCAGCAUAAGUAGUUAAAGCAGAAGAUGCUUAAAUUAAAGAUGCUAUUAAUGAUCAUGAUAAAAAAUAAAUUCUGAAUAGAAUUCGUAGAUUAAGUUAGCCAAGUGUUACAAGUGAUGGAAAUAUAAAGUAUAAAUACAUAUAAAUAUCAUUCAUUAGAAUUAAUUCGAUGUAAAUUUAUGAAUAGGUUGCUUAAGUUAUUUUCGAAGAUAAGGAAUAAUAUCUUAUCCCUAUAAAUAAAUAAAAUAAUAAUAAUACUAAAGAUAUGCGUAUGAUAAAAUCUCCUACUGAUCAAUAUAAUAUUUCACUUUAUAAAAAUACAGCUUGGGGUAAAGAAGUCCCCUCUGCUUAGAAUAAUACUACAAAGCUGAAAGGCAGUAAAGCUAAAGUAAAGUAAGACUUUUUUAGUUUAUAAUAGAGAUAUCUUCUCAACAGUUGGAAUAGUCGUUAAAAGAACUAGAGAAAGAAGAGGGAAUUCAGAAACAACACAUUUACCAAAAAUGAAAAAUAUUUCUCAAAUUUGA